AUGCUGCAAACCGGUGAGGAUCAAAGUGGGAAAACUGAUCUGUUUACCCAGGAGUUGAUAUCUUUAUUCACUGGGAACACUGCUUCAACCGCAUUUAUGCUAGAGCAAGGAAGAAGAAUGCAUCAAAGUAGGUCGUUGGAUACGAACGUGGCUAGAGACUUGCUCAAUGGAAGUUCCUUACAAAGUCCAAAUAAUCUAUCUACCACUUUAUUGUCUGAUGGUACCUUACCGGAAACAUCGUCUAUUGAUCACAGUUCCAUUUGUACAGUACUUCCUGAGAUGGUAGAUUUAAAUGGUCUUUGUCAGCCAAGUAAACCAACAUUACCAAAUCCAACGGCGAAUACUAAUUUACAUCAACAAUGUAUUAAACAACUUGUACGUCAAAAUUGGGAUUUGCGUACAUGGUUAAAUCAAAUGUCCGAUCGUCUAGAACGACUCGAGUUACUAACGUCGGGUAAAAUGGGGCAAAAUAAUGAGCCUACUAAUUCCAUAAGCUCCAACAAUGUGUCGAAUGUCGUGAAUACAUCAGUGGAUCAAUUCAAAAUGUUUUCUGCUGAGCAAAACAAAUACUCUAUAGGUCGACGUGUAUUACCUAGUUCAGCAUCAUUCAGUGUACAACCUGGUAAUAAACCGAUGAAUGACCAUAAUCCACUUUCCUCAUCAUCAUUUUCCAGAUGGAACAGUUCGAUCAAUUCUAAUAAUGAAGUUAAUUAUAAACCUUUAAGCAGUUCUAAUCCAUUUAGAAUGCCUCGGUCGGUCUCAGCCUUGACAGGGAAUGCCAAUGACAUGAAUAUAAUCAGACCUCAGUUUAUUGCACCAUACACAACAUAUUUGUCAAAUAAAUCUAGUUAUCCAACAUCAACGUUUAGCAAUGGAAUACCUAGAAACCCCGAUGCGAAUAAUUCGGGUGCUGUUAUCAAGGAAACAUCAGGCUUGGAAGAUGAUGAAUUCUUACAGUUGGCCAACAGAAAAGAGGUAUCUAGUGCACUCAGCAAAUCUAGAACAUUGAAACACUCUUGGUCUGUGAAAGGAAGUAGUGACUUUGGUGUUAUUGAUAAUACAUUCAAUGGGACAGGUUUGCCUCGUUCAGUUAGUGCAAUCAAUAGUCCGCUAGAAGUCAUGGCUUCUGAAGCAACUACAACAGAUUGUCAAUCUCCUGGUCAAGCAAGACGUUUAACAGUUACGCAACCAACUCUAGGUGAAUGUAUGCGAGCAAUGAGUGCUUCUACUAGCCCUGCACAGUCGGAUAAAUUAUAUUCUACGAAAACUGAUUGUUGGACGAAAGACAACAACUCUUGUUCAAAUGACAGGAAUGAUAUUGCACUUGUUCCAAAGCUACUAUUACCACAGACUUCAAAACGAAUAGUGUCUGCCACACUUCAGUCUGAUUUGAAAAUGAACCACUAUGAGCAAAAGGCUUUCCAACCAACAGUAGGAAAUAACGGACUUACAAACCACCCGACACCUAGCCAGUCACCGCAACUUCAAAAUAUGAAGCUCACCAAUGAUUCUAAUGAAAUGAAAAAUUUCAACCAAGCUGACAACCAUUUCCCAACAACUUCGAGUUCAUUCGUUACUUCGUUUCAAAUAAAUAGUGACCACCAAGCCAGCCAUGCAAAUGAAAUCGACAAACAGUGUACAAAUACACAGAUCACAAAAUCAGAUGUGUAUGUACUUCCAACCUUAACCAAUCUUACACUUCAGAGGAGAAAUAUAUUUCAUCAACGGAUGAUGAGUGUACAUCGACAAAGCUGGACAAAACACUAUUGA